AUGGGGGAACUCUUCAGAAGCGAGGAGAUGACCUUGGCCCAGCUCUUCCUCCAGUCAGAGGCGGCCUACUGCUGCGUCAGCGAACUGGGAGAACUGGGCAUGGUCCAGUUCAGAGACCUGAAUCCAGACGUAAACGUGUUUCAGCGCAAAUUUGUGAAUGAGGUCAGAAGAUGUGAGGAGAUGGACCGGAAACUGAGAUUUGUGGAAAAAGAGAUUAAAAAAGCUAACAUCCCCAUGGUGGACACUGGGGAGAAUCCAGAGGUGCCUUUUCCCCGGGACAUGAUAGAUCUGGAGGCCACGUUCGAGAAGCUGGAGAACGAACUGAAGGAAAUCAACACCAACCAGGAGGCCCUGAAGAAGAACUUCCUGGAGCUGACGGAGCUCAAACACAUCCUGCAUCGAACGCAGCAGUUCUUCGAUGAGAUGGAGGACCCCAACCUGCUGGAGGAGUCCUCAGCCCUGAUGGAGGGCAGCGAGGGGGGCCGCGGGGCCCCGCUCAGGCUGGGGUUUGUGGCGGGAGUCAUCAGCAGGGAGAGGAUUCCCACCUUUGAGAGGAUGCUGUGGAGGGUGUGCCGCGGUAACGUCUUCCUAAGAAAGGCAGAGAUUGAGGACCCUCUGGAGGACCCAGCCACCGGAGACCAAGUCCACAAAUCCGUGUUCAUCAUCUUCUUUCAGGGCGACCAGCUGAAGAACAGAGUGAAGAAGAUCUGUGAGGGGUUCCGCGCUUCUCUGUAUCCAUGCCCGGAGACCCCUCAGGAGAGGAAAGAGAUGCUGGCCGGGGUCAACAGCCGCAUCGAUGACCUCCAGAUGGUGCUCAACCAAACAGAGGACCACCGUCAGAGGGUGCUUCAAGCUGCCUCCAAGAACAUGCGCGUCUGGUUCAUCAAAGUGAGGAAGAUGAAGGCCAUCUACCACACACUCAACCUCUGCAACAUCGACGUGACUCAGAAGUGUCUGAUUGCGGAGGUGUGGUGUCCUGUGUCUGACCUGGACUCCAUCCAGUUCGCUCUGCGCAGAGGAACUGAGAGGAGCGGCUCCACAGUACCGUCGAUCCUAAACAGGAUGCAGACCAAGCAGACACCACCAACGUUCAACAAGACCAACAAGUUCACCUCAGGCUUCCAGAACAUUGUUGAUGCUUAUGGCAUUGGAAACUACAGGGAGAUCAAUCCAGCUCCGUACACCAUCAUCACCUUUCCCUUCCUGUUUGCGGUCAUGUUUGGUGACAUGGGCCAUGGCGUCUUGAUGACUUGUGCUGCUCUAUACCUGGUUAUUCGAGAGACUCGUCUUCUUUCUCAGAAGAACGACAACGAGAUGUUCAACAUGGUUUUUGCUGGUCGAUACAUCAUCCUUCUGAUGGGGCUCUUUUCCAUCUACACUGGCAUCAUUUACAAUGACUGCUUCUCCAAGUCCCUGAACAUGUUCGGCUCUGGUUGGAGUGUCAGACCCAUGUUUGGCUCCAAAGGAGCCAACUGGUCGUUUGAAACACUUGAUGGAAAUGCUGUACUCCAGUUGGAUCCUGCUGUUCCUGGUGUGUUCAAUGGGCCAUAUCCGAUUGGAAUUGACCCGAUCUGGAAUCUUGCUGCCAACAAGCUCACCUUCCUGAAUUCAUUCAAGAUGAAGAUGUCAGUCAUCCUUGGUGUUAUCCACAUGCUGUUUGGAGUGUCCCUCAGUCUCUUCAACCACCUAUACUUUAAGAAGCCCCUGAAUAUCUUCCUGGGCUUCAUCCCAGAGAUUGUCUUCAUGUUCAGCCUGUUUGGCUACCUCAUCCUGCUGGUCUUCUACAAAUGGACGGCCUAUGAUGCUUUUACCUCCAAGGAUGCUCCCAGCCUGCUCAUCCACUUCAUCAACAUGUGUCUCUUUAACUACAAUGACCCUACCAACAAACCCCUUUACCGCGGACAGAUGGGGAUCCAGGUUUUGUUGGUGCUGAUUGCCCUUGCAUGUGUUCCCUGUAUGCUGAUAGUGAAAACUUUGGUACUUCGACGUCAGCACCUGUGGAAAAAGCAUCUGUCACAGAAGAGGGAAGAAACCCCUGCAGAGAAUCUAGAGCAGGCUUUAGAGCAAACAGGUGUGUCCUCAUCAUGCACCGGGCUCACCCAACAGGGCACGCAGAAGUUUGGAGGGGUGCGGGUGGGCAACGGCCCCACAGAGGACGAGGCUGGGAUCAUGGACCACGACCAGCUCUCACAGCACUCAGAGGAUGGGGAUGAGCACUCAGAGGAAGAACCGUUUGACUUUGGUGAUGUGGCCGUCCACCAAGCCAUCCACACCAUCGAGUACUGUCUGGGCUGUAUCUCCAACACUGCGUCCUACCUGCGCCUGUGGGCCCUCAGCCUGGCCCAUGCCCAGCUGUCGGAGGUGCUGUGGUCCAUGGUGAUGCACCUGGGGUUGUCCUCCCGGAGCGGGGGCGGCUUCUUUGGCCUGACCAUCAUCUUCUCUGCCUUUGCCACUCUCACUGUGGCCAUUCUGCUCAUCAUGGAGGGCCUCUCUGCGUUCCUGCAUGCCCUGCGUCUGCACUGGGUGGAAUUCCAAAACAAGUUCUACACAGGCCAGGGAUUCAAGUUUGUCCCCUUCUCGUUUGAAAGCAUCCUGGAGGGACGAUUUGACGACUGA